AUGGACAAAUCCUCUGUCGUCGGAGACGGCGCCCCUGGCGUAGCCCAUUCCGCCAACAUGGCCAGCAGGCGCCGCUCCAAUACCCCAGACCCAUCCGCUACCCCGUCGUCGGCGACCAGUAGUAGCCAGACCUCGAAGCAGUCGUCGGCCAACAACUCCAUUGUCCCGUCGCCUUUUGCAUCUCGAGACUCUUCUCCCGCCCGCCAACCCAGGAGAACAGCUUCCGCCAACCGCAUCUCAGGUGCUAGGCCUCGCAAGAAUAGCCAAACCGAACCGAGUCCCUCUCGCCAGACGAGACCGGGCAUCACCAGCUCCAACAUCUCGACGCGCUCAUUGUCCUCGACAACCACCCCCACGCUCCUCCCCGCCUCUCAAACUCAACAACAAAUACAGGCGCCUACUCCCCAGAAACCCCUCUCAUCCGACAACCUGCGAUGGCCCGUCUCGCCCCGCUUGCGAUCACCUCCCCCCCAGUUUAGCCGUCCUGGUAUACCCGCGCGCCGAAGCGACCAGGAACUGCCAUUUAUCAACGUCCAGAGGCCGACUCCGUCGCCUCAUCCCUCAGAGCCUCUGCAAACUCCCUCCGAGAGCGAGGCGGAGGAUCCGCUGUUCCAGUCAGGAAUGCGCACUCCCGUCCGUGGAGCCCUGGAAACCGUCCAGGAAGUCAGCCUCCCCAACUCCCCCAAUCCAACCCACGACGCAGCUUUACUAGAAAAGGUCAAAGAGAAGCUGUCAAACUCAGUGAACCACUCUGAGAGUGUACUGGGUGAUGUUCGUACCCUGCGUGCGAGACCAAUUCUGGCCAACCAUGAGAGUGGCAGCGAUAGCAGCCAUAACAGGGCUGAUCAACGGAGGACACCAUCCGUCCCGCCCCCGUUGGUUUCAAGGCAAUCCAGCACCGUUUCUACGAAGCAGGUCAAGUCAAAGCAGGAUGGCUCGACUCAGAGCAUGACCGUCGAGACCGAAACAGUCCCAAGUGUUCCCCAAGUCGCACUCGCGACGGGCCCCAAGAUCGAAGGAGUCAAUGGGACUCUCAAGACAAAGCAGAGCUCGGAGACGAUCAGGCCCAAGAAAGAAAAGAAGAAAACGACCCGGAAACAGCCUGCCGUGAAUUCUGGGACAGCAUCCUCAAAAGCAGAUGUUUUCGAGGCAUCAAUUGCGAGUGCCGUUGACGAGGCGAAUACUUCUGACUCGGAAGAAACCUUUGUCUACGACUCUAACCCCCCAGAUAACAACGACCGUGCUGGGCGAAGAUUCCAUUCACGAACUCCAAGCGCGACCUCUAUGGUCAGCCAAGCGGAUCGCCAAAACCUGCGAUCUAUUUACGGCGUCAUGGAAGGCGGUGGUCCAGCGCAUGGGCCUAAGAAGACAAUGAAAUUUGUCAACACGUUUACCAGCAACGGAAACGACAGCCUGACCCCGGGAGACGAAGAUGGCAAGGGAAGCGGCCGCAGCGCAGGUGGUUCCGCGAGAGGCACCUCCAGGCAUCACCACCACAUUGGCCGUUGGGGUAGACAACCCAACAAUAGCCACCCAUCCCUAUUCGACAACGAGUCGCCGUUCCCGAAUGCGGCACGGACGAAACUCACUGGUACGAACGUUCGAAAUAAUUCGUCCGGCCCCCCCAGCCCUCGGAAUAAUCACGCUGCUCGUGGAGCCUUCGGAAAGCGCACCACAAUGCAAAUGUCAUCAAGCUACGAUAUGGAUGACACAACAGGUGCCGAUGACGAGCGCACUCCCUUGAUUGGAUCGAUUCGAUCUGCCCGGUCUGGUCGGAGCCGGCGUGGCCCGCACAACCUGCGACAAGCCGAGUCCCAGACUUUUACGAGGCGGUCGUCAUACCUGAACCGAUUCGCGGCAUGCCUUGUCCUCACUAUGAUGUUUAUGCUGGUCAUUACUGGGGCAAUUGGCUUCAUGUUCGCAACAUCGCAGCCAAUGACUGGAAUUGAAAUCACGGCUAUACACAACGUCGUGACCAGCGAACAAGUCUUGAUGUUUGACCUGACCGUCAAGGCGCACAACCCUAAUAUCGUUGUCGUAACAAUCGACCACGCCAACCUGGAAAUUUUUGCGAAAUCGGAACAUGCGGGGACAGACUCGGACUGGUGGGAACAUCCGCGCGGCCCCGAAGAGUUAGGCCCGUUGGACGACCCGGUUAAUGACCCACCGCUUGAUGACCCAGACGACGAUGACGACUCUAAACCGAAUGUUCUGUUGGGACGGAUCACGGUAUUUGACAGCCCUCUGACGUUUGAGGGUUCCCUCUUCCACCAGGGGACCUCAUCCUCAACUGGCGAAAUGCAGCUCGAAUAUCCCGGUAACGCGACAUCCGGUGGCUCGAAGCGGUGGGAGCGAAUCUACCAAAACGAGUUUGAUCUCAUUGUCAAGGGUGUUGUUAAGUACACCCUGCCAAUGAGUGCUCGCGUCCGCAGUGCCACCGUGUCAGGGAGAAAGACGGUCAAGCCGAAUUCAGCCAACGAUCCGAACCUCAAGCCGAACAGCACAACACUGGAUUCAUAUCACUAG